GCCGGCGGGGCCAGCAUGGCGCGCGGCUGGGCGACAGUGCUGGCCUUGGGGCUCUGCCUCGCCGCGCUGCACCACGGAGGCUGCUAUCCCCCCAGCGUGGGCACAGCACCACAAAAUGCGGCAGCCCUGCGGGACAAUUUCCGCCUGCAGCCGGGGGAUUUGGUGGCCACGGCUGGCCAAGUGUUGGAGCUGGAUUGCGUGCCACCCUUGGGGCAUCCCGAACCCCUCGUCACCUGGAAGAAGGAUGGGGUGACCUUGAACUUGACUGGUGACCGGUACGUAGUCACCAACGGGAAGUUGCGGGUGGCACCGGCACAACGGAGUGACUCCGGGCUCUAUGUCUGCGUGGCAGCCAACAUGGCAGGCGAGAGGGAGAGCCGCGGUGCCCACGUCUCUGUCCUUGAGAAGCCGGCCAUCGUGCGGCGCUCAGGUGAUACCGUGGUGGUGGCCGGCACCACCGUGGAGCUGGGCUGCAGUGUCCAAGGUGACCCAGUGCCGCGGGUGCAGUGGCACAAGGAGCGUGGGGACCUGCCCUGGGGCAGGCAUGAGAUGGACCAAGAGCACACGUUGCGCCUCUACGCUGUGACACCUGCCGACGCCGGCACCUACGUGUGUACGGCACAGAGCCCGCUGGGCACCGCUGCCAUCACCGUCCGCCUCCGCGUGGAGGACCGGCUGCCGACGGGCCAGCGGGAGGCAGCACCGUGGGACCUGCUGGCCCUGCGCCUGCACCUGGACAACGGCACCGUGCUGCCCACCGCUGCCGUCCAGCUCCACUGGCGGAUGUUGAUGCCUGCACCGGUGCCGGAGGGCUACCUGGUGCUUUACCGCAGCUUGCUCCCAGUAAGCACCUCCUGGGUCCAACAUGACGCCGGCAGGGAGCUCAGCACCAUCAUUCCCAGACUCCGCAGGGGCUACAAGUAUGAGUUCAAGGUCCGCCCCUACGCUGGGGUGACCCAGGGUGUGGACAGCAACAGCAGGCACCUCUGGGUACCUGAGGAAGUGCCAAGCGCGGCACCCCGGUACAUCACUGUGAGCCAGGCUGCGACGGGGAACAGAACCAUGGUUGUGAGCUGGGAGCCACCUCCUCCUGAAGCCCACAACGGCAUCAUCCGGGGCUACAAGAUCUGGUCAACGGGUGAGGGCUGGGAGCACCCCACCAACAGGACAGUGGACGGAGACACCCAUCGCCUGGAAACCACCGUCUCAAGCCCUGGCGAAUUCUGUGUCCAGGUGGCAGCUUUCAAUGGCGCAGGGCUGGGGGUCCCCAGCAAUGCCACCUGCAGCGUCCUGGGGCUGAUGGUGGGGAGCAGUGGGGUGGCCCAGGCACUGCAGCAGCCCGCGGUCAUCGCAGCCGCCGGCUCCCUGCUCUGGUUGGCUUUGCUCGCCCUCCUCCUCCUCAUCUGCCAACGUCGUGCCAGCCAGGACGCCGCGGCCCACCAGCUGGUGGCCAGGGACUCGCCAUGGCUUGGUGGUCCCUGGAAACCUGGCUGUGGCCCCCAGACCCUGAGCAGCAGCAGCAGCCUCAGCAGCCGCCUCCUGGGCAGUGACGGCCGAGACCCCCACCCCUCCUCCCUGUCCUUGGAGCCCCCCAGCCCCCACGGGGAUGGGGGACACCCCGGGGUGCGCUCGUCACCCAGCACCCCCCGGCCCUGUGCCUGGGACCGCAUCCACAAACGAGAGCUGCACCAGGUGCACAGCACCCCUCUGCUCCUGGGGGCACCCAUCCCCAUGGGCGGAGGCGAGUGGGGCGCGGAGUUGGGGCUGGCGGCGAGGUGGCGUCAGCAAAGGGUCCAGGACGGUGACACAGCCACCACCACCACGGCCGGAGGGGACCCGUGGCGGCCACUGGUCUUCAGCUCCCCGAAACCAUGGCGGGACAGGGCCUUGUUGGGCUCUGGUGUCCCCACACCAUCAGUGACACCUCCACGACGGCCUCAUGCAUGGCACCCACCAGUGACCCGGUGCGCGGCCACCGCACUCCCCAGGGACACGUCCCCGGCCACCAGGCGCCCCAAGGACACGUCCUCAGACAUUGGGAUCCACAGGGCCACAUCCCCCACCACCAGGUGCCCCAGGAACAUGUCCCCAGCCACCAGAAACCCCAAGGACACAUCCCCAGCCACUGGGAUCCCCAAGGACAUGUCCCCAGCCACCAGGCAUCCCAAGGACACAUCCCCAGUCACUGGGAUCCCCAAGGACAUGUCUCCAGCCACCAGACACCCCAAGAACCUGUUCCCAGUCACUGGGAUCCCCAGAGAGACAUCUUUGGACACCAGGUGCCCCAGGGACACGUCCACGGUUACCAGACACCCCAGGGACACGUCCCCAGUCAUCGGGAUCCCUAAGGACACAUCCCCAGCUACCAGGUGCCCCAAAGACACGUCCCCAGCCACCAAGUGCCCCAAGGACACGUCCCCAGCCAUUGGGAUCCCUACGGACACAUCCCCAGCCACCAAGUGCCCCAAGGGCACUUCCCCAUCCAUUGGGAUCCCUAAGGACACGUCCCCAGCCACCAAGUGCCCCAAGGACAUGUCCCCAGCCAUUGGGAUCCCUAAGGACACGUCCCCAGCCACCGAGUGCCCCAAGGACACGUCCCCAGUCACUGGGAUCCCCAAGGAUGUGUCACCAGGAACCAGGCACCUCAGGGAAAUGUCUCUAGUCUCUGAGAACCUCAAGGACAUGUUCCUGGCCAACAGGCACCCCAAGGAGACAUCUCCAACCACCAGGUGCCCCAAGGACACGUCCCCCACCACUGGGAUCCCAGUGGAUGCAUCUCUGGACAGCCAGUGUCCCAGGGACACAUCUCUGGUCACUGACAGCCCCAGGGAGGUGUCACUGGUCACAAGGCACCCCAGGGACAUGUCCCUGGUCUUUGAGAACCCCAAAGGCAUGUUCCUGGCCAGCAGGCACCCCAAGGACUCACCAGCCACCAGGCAGCAGAGGGACACAAUCUUGGCCUCCAGGCAAUCCGGGGACACAACCCUGGUCACCGAGUGCUCCAAGGACAUGUCCCCAGCCACCAGCCACCCCAGCCACUCCUCACCAGUGAGCAGACACCAGAGGGACACGUCACCAGCCACCAGGCACCCCAAGGACAUCUUCCUGGCUAGUGGACACCCAAGAAACACGUCCGCAGACACUAGGCUACCCAAGGAGAAGUCCCUGCACACCAGAUACCCGAAGGACAUGUCACCAGCCACCAGCUAUGCAAAGGACAUGUCCCCAGAUGCCAGGCACCCCAGGGACACACCUCCCAUCACCAGGCACCCUGAGGAGAUGUCCCCAGUCACCAGUUCCUGCAAGGACAUGUUCUUGGUCACCAGGUACCCCGAAGCCGUGUCACCAGGCACCAGCCAUCCCAUGGACACAUCCCCAGCCACUGGGCACCCGAGGGACACAUCUCCAGUCACCAGACACCCUGAAGAGAUGUCCCCAGUCACUGGUCACUGGAGAGACAUGCUUCUGGGCAACAGGUACAUGUUCCUGACCACCAGGUACCCCAAGGACAUAUCUCCAGCCACCAGGCACCCAAGGGACAGGUCUCCAGUCACUGGACGUCUCUCGCCAGUGUUCAGUGAUGGGGUCCUCACACCGCAGCGAGUGGCCGAGGACCUUGAGAUGGACCAAGACACCCCAUGCCCCAGCCCCACAGCACUAACCACACCACGGUCCUUCUCACCACCACACACCUACGGCUACAUCUAUGGGCCACCAGCGUCCGAGCUGGGUGAGGAAGAGGAGGAAGAGGAGGAGGAGGAAGAGCAACCAGAGACAAGGGACUCUCCAGGGGGGUCACUGCUCAACGGUUGGGGCUCUGUCUCUGAGGACAACUUUGCCAGCGCCCGCUGCAGCUUGGUGAGCUCCUGUGAUGGCUCCUUCCUCCUGGACGCAAGCUUCGCCCGGGCGCUGACCGUGGCUGUUGAUGGCCUCUGCUUCAGCCUCGAUGACACCGACGGGGGCUACAGGGGUCCCUCGCCACCACCAUCACCCUUGGACGAGGUUUUCUUGCCCGAGGUCCCCAUUCCUCCCUGGGACUGGGGGGCAGUGCUGAGGAUCUCGCAGAGAGCUGGGAUGGAGGCAGCUGCGGGCAUCCUACAGCACGGUGGCCACAGGUCAGCAAGUGGCAUCCCCUGGGCCAGAGGGGGCAGCGAGACAGGAGGGACAGGAGCACGGCAGUGCAGGACACGGCAAGGCCAGAGUCCUCUCAGCUCAGCUAAAAACCAGCUUUAUUAAGCAGCUCCCCAAAAGGGGUGUUUCUGCUACCAAAAGCCACCCAUAAAGGGUGGGAGGCACCAGGGUGGGUGGGUGGCCCUCUUUCCCUAGCAUCCUUGUCCUCCCCAAGUGUCCUUAUCCUCCCCAGAGCCCUUAUUCCUGCCCAAUAUCCUCAUCCUACCCAAAUGGCCUCACCCUCCUCCUCCCAAGAGUCCUCAUUCCUCCCCAGCAUCCUCAUCCCUCAACAACCCUCUUCCAGCCCAAGCACAUUGCACAUCCCAACUGUUCCCAUCCUUGUCCUCCCCAAGAGUCCCGGCCCCUCCCCAUCCUCCUCAAGCAUCCUUGUCCCCCCAAGCAUGCUCAUCCCUCCUCCCCCAGUGUCCUUGUCCUCCCAGUCAUCCUUGUCAACACCAAGCACUAUUGUCCAACCCAAGUGUCCUUGUCCUUUCAGAAGGUCAUUGUCCCCUGGACUGUGCUCAUCCCGCUGACUGUUCUCACUCCUUCUGACAGUCCUUGUCCUUCCUGACCAUCCACAUCCUUCCUCAGCAUCCUUACCCCACCUCAAUCAUCCUUGGCCAUCUCUCAAGUGUCCUCAUCCCUCCCAAGUCACCUUGUUCUUCUGGAAUGUCCUUGUUCCUCCUCCAAGUGUCCCCAUCCCUCUUGAGCAUCUUCAUCCCUCCCCAGCUUCUUCAUCCCCCCCAACUCUCCUUGUCCCCAGGUUCUCAUCCCUCCCAACUGUCCCUGUCCCCACCUCGCGCUGCCGCCCCUGACCGCUGCCUCUGCACAACCCUCUUUACACAGUGCCAC